AGAAUGCUGUAUACAGGGUGGCUUAUUAUGAAUGGCCGAGAUUUACUGCCCAUGGUUCUGGAGGCUGGAAGUCCCAGAUCAGGGGCCAGCAGGGCCGGGUUCUAGUGACACCUCCUCCUGGUUCAUGGCUGGCCAUCCUCUCCCUGUGUCCUCAUGUGGCAGAAGGGGUGAGGGAGCUCUCUGGACCCUCUUUUAUAAGAACAUUAACCCCAUCCAUGGGGGCUCCGGCCUCACAAUCUAAGCACCUCCCAAAGCCCACCUUCUAGUGCUAUCACCCUGGGCAUUAGGGUUUCAAUAUGAGUGUGGGGUGGACACAAACAUUCAGACCACGGCAGUGGGUCGGGGGAGGGGCAGCUGAGGCCCAGUCCAGCCCCGGGGCUCUGGGCAGGAACCACCUUGCCUGGGGCUGGGGCUCGGAAGGCCCUGUGGAGUCCAGGACUCUGGAAGGAAAUUGCUUUUGGCUCCACCCUCAUCUCGGUGACACCAGUGACCCUCAGAGCAAGACAUGUGUUUGUCUCUGUGACUAAAGGGAGGGGGAGCGGGUAGAAGGGCCUGCUGUGCUGGUCAAGUGAGUCCCGGACUGAGGCAGAGGUCAGGUCACAGCUCUUUGGAAACCGGCUCCUCGCAGCAGCACGGGCAGCAGGCUGACAAGGCGAGGGCCAGUCACCCUGCGUGCAGGGCGGCGCUGGACGCUUUCAUCCCGGUUUACCCCUUUUAAAGCGCCAGGGUUGGGAGACCACCCCACUCCUUAACCCGCUCAACAGAGUCCGCUCCAAGUUCGCAAUUAAGAGCUAUGGAAUCCCUGACAGCUCCGCCCCUUCUGGGGUCUGAACAGGCGCUAUUGCAUCUUCCCAUUCAGAGGGCCAUGCAAGUAGGACCCGGGUUACCCCCUCGCCCUGGCUCGGUGUUUCUCUCGCCUUCCUUACUCUGAGAAAGUCCCGUCCCUGUAGCUAAAGGAUUGUGAAGUCCCCGGGGUCCUUCACCUCCUCUAUCCCCUGUCCCGGCCGCGAGACAGCCUGGCGGGUUGGACCUGAGGGCGGGUCCGCCCUGAGGGCGGGUCCUCGCCCCAAAGGCAGCGGCUGGCGCGGCCCUGGGGGACCUGCGUGCAUCCCACCCCACGGUCUCCCGAAUCCUGGGGCCACACCCGCCUUUCCACAGCCGAGGCCACGCUGCCAGCGUGGUGGUGUCCCCGACUGCCCCAACCUCCGACAGGCCGACCGGCGACCCCCUAUAGCUCGCGGAGCUGCUGGGCUCCGGGUCGUGGCGACUGCCGUCCUCCGCGGUGUCCGCAGCCCAAGGGGCGUGGACGCGGGCGGGGCCGGCAGCGGCUCUUUAAGAGGCUGCGCCCGGGGAGGCCGGCCCCCAGCGACCCGAGCGAUGGAUAUGGCCCGGGACUGCGCCGGAGCCCUCCUCAGGCCCCUGACGUUUAUGGGGUCACAGACGAAGAAGGUGCUGCUCACACCCCUCAUGCAUCCCGCUCGCCCCUUCCGGGUCUCCAACCAUGACAGGAGCAGCCGCCGAGGGGUGACCGCCAGCAGCCUGCAGGAGCUCCUCACCAAGACCAUGGAUGCCCUGGUUAUUGCCAGCGGACUGGUCACGUUGGUGUUGGAGGAGGACGGCACCGUGGUGGACACGGAGGCAUUCUUCCAGACCCUGGGGGACAACACGCACCUCAUGGUCCUGGAGAAGGGACAGAAGUGGACACCGGGUGGUACCUACAUCCCAGCCCGCCAGCCGCCAAAGAGACAGGGGAUCGCGAGAGUAACCUUUGACUUGUACAAGCUGAACCCCAAGGAUGUCAUCGGCUGCCUCAACGUGAAAGCCACUAUGUACGAGAUGUAUUCGGUGUCCUACGACAUCCGGUGCCCGGGGCUCAAGGCCCUGCUGAGGAGCCUGCUGUGGUUCCUGUCUCACACCGCCCAAAUGACCGGCCAGUGUCUCGUCCACACGGGCACCUACAUGCUCCGAGUGCUGGCUGACACAGAGGAGCGGGCGGUGCCCAGCCCGCGCCCUCGCCGGGGGAUCACGAGUGGAUAGGGGUGCACAGUGCGGAGUCUCCGCUGGCCUCAACCCCGCAGGUCCCUCUCCAGGGACACAUUUGGAAGACGCUGUGUUCCCACCACGUGUCCCCUGCUCAGGAAAGAAAAGGGGCCUGAGGGCACUGCCAGGGGCCAGGCGGUGGAGGCCCCCCGGGUGGGGAUGGGGUGGGGGGACGUGGGCAGCAUGAGGCCUGCGGCUCCACAAUAAACCAGUCAAGAGAGUCGCUGUGAUACCGCACUUCUUCCUCCUGUCUUCUUCAUGUCAGAAAAGCACACCUCACAGAAGCAAAACUCAGCCAGAGAUGCUCUGCUAACACGUGCAAUCACUUUUAAGUCUGUCAGGAGACAGGAGGGUCAGAUGUUACUGUGGGGUUUUAUGUCGGCCCUGAAUGAGCCCAGUGACCUGAAAGCCUGUGGAUCUGAAUUUUUGGAGGUGAUCAAGCUGCACUGGCAACCUUUCCUUAAAACAAAGCUGCUCCAAACUGGGGCCUGAUGCAGGGCGGGCGUGGCCGAGUCAGGCGGGACCCCAGGCCACAAGGGACGCGGGGUGAGCCCCGACCACACGGCUCGGGAGGGGGCAGUGCGGCUCCCAGGGGGAAACUGGGCGCUGCUGCUAGACUAGGAGACCUGCAGGAGCCAGGUGCCAUUCGGAUCUGUGGUUUUCCUCCUAAGAAACGCUGCCACAGAGGCCUGUCCCCUUCCUGGCUGACAACCCAGGACAGUGGGAGACACCACAGCUUGUCCCAGAAGCACAGAACCGCCUGCAGUCAGACCCCUGGGCCCAGACUUGUGCUCCCCCGCCCCCGCCCCCAUCACAGCCUGGAUCCCCUCGGACCCCUGCUAUGCCGACCUGACUCCCACCCAUUCCCUGCUUCACACGCCCAGCAGCAGGGCUGGGAGCCCAGGACCGCAGGCAGGAGGGGCAGAAGUAAAGGAAUUGCAACUGCAUUCCUCAGAGCACAGCCUCUUUUUCAAACAGAGCAAAAUUAAAAAGGCAUCUCAGGGCCCCCCUUCCCCUCCUGCUCGGCUUCUGGGGGAAAUGCAGCGGGGGGUGGGGGGGAGGUUGGCGGAGGUGGGUGGUGCUGCCACCGGCUCCGCGGGCUCUGCUGUGAGCGCUUCCCUUACAAGGAGCUCGGCUGGAAGCCCUUCCCGAGCGAGGGAGGAGGACGGAAAUGGCUUUCCGGCACCUUCCGCUGGGCGGCUCCUGCCUCUCACUGACCGAGGGCUGCAUCACUUCCCAGGGAUUUGGCCUCCUGGAGAGGGGCGGCCCGGCUUCCAAAAAAGGAAUUUUCCCUCAGUGCCCUGAUGCCUUGACUCAGCCCUCUCUCUGACUCAGCGCCCUUUCCCCCUUUCCUUACUGCGUCCAGGGGCUCCCUGGCCUGUUCUAAGGGGGAUUAAGCAGGAGGAGAAUGUGGAACAGACAGGGGUCUUAGAAGCGGGUUACAGUCAGAAGAAGGACGGCUUAGAGUCUGGGAGUUUCUGAACGAGCUCCUCCACAACAGCCUGCAUCCGCCCAUGGGCCUCCUGUCUCCCGCUCCUGUGUGAUGAAUAAAUUGUGUGCAAAAAGGACACUCUGGACGUUUCCUCUCUCCUUUCUGCCAUCUUCCUCUCUGGGGAUGCGGGUUCCUUUCUCCGAUGACUGAUGAUCGUAGUUUCUACAAAGGAGCUGGAUUUUGCUCUGGCAGUUUUCAGUCUGCAGCAGGGAUCCCGGGGCCUCGUCACCAGCAGGAGCCCAGUGCUUUCUCUGGGCGCUGCGCCCUCCCUUCUGUGCAGUGAGUCCCGCAGCUGGCCAGAGCUUCCGACCCGCACGCCUGGGGGCUCCCCUCCCAGCC